AGCGGAGUCUCCUUAUCGGUCUGCGGUCUGUGCUGCUGUCUGGAGUGGUCGCCAUCAAUUUGAACCAGUGUCCAGGGAGAAGGACUGCCGGCCGACUCGGGCGGACGCAGAACCACCACGGCCACUCACACUGAGAGAGCAAGAUUUACGACAGUGUGACACGUUUACGGCCGUUCAUGAUACAUGCAGUGAAAGAGGUAAACAAGCUAACUCGAGGUGACUUUCUGCUCCAAAAAGUGGGAAUAUCUUUAAACGAGUGACAAUGCUCCUCCAACAUCGAGCUGUGUUUGCAUUUGGUCUUCGCAUGUGCUCCACUCAUGUGAUCAAAGGACCUUUGAUGGACACAGCAAGGCCCAACUCAGAUAUGGCUGAAUUCCGUAAGGUCUUUUCCAAAGCUAGGCACAUAGCAAUCAUCACAGGGGCAGGUGUGAGUGCAGAGAGUGGAGUACCAACCUUCAGGGGAGAAAAUGAGAAGUGGAGGAAGUGGCAAUCUCAGGACCUGGCGACCCCGGAGGCUUUCUCUCGCACCCCGUCUCGGGUCUGGGAGUUCUACCAUUACAGAAGGGAGCUGGUUUUGAACAAGAAGCCCAGUGCUGCUCACCUGGCUAUAGCAGAGUGUGAGGCCCGGCUGAGGAAGCAGGGUCGCUCUGUGGUUGUCAUCACCCAGUGCAUAGACGACCUCCAUAGACAGGCCGGGUCCAAACAUGUGCUCAAGGUCCAUGGCAGUCUGAUGGAGACGCGCUGUGUGAGUUGUGGCCAUGUGACCGUCAACAGGCGAAGCCCCAUAUGUGCCGCCCUAAAGGACAAAGGCUCACCUGACCCAGAUGUUGCUGAUGCCCAGAUUCCUGUGGAUAAACUGCCAAGGUGUGGCGAAACAGACUGCCACGGUCUGCUGAGGCCCAACGUGGUGUUUUUCGGAGAGACUCUGGACUCUCAUCUCCUGACCAAAGUGGAAAAAGAGAUGGAAACUUGUGAUCUCUGUCUGGUGGUGGGCACAUCUUCAAUCGUUUACCCAGCAGCCAUGUUCGGCCCCCAGAUUGCAUCCAGGGGCAUCCCAGUGGCAGAAUUUAACACAACACCAACACCAAAAUCUGAGUACUUCACGUAUCGUUUCGAGGGUCCAUGUGGAACUACGCUGCCUCCAGCUUUGGCGAGACAUGAGUCUGAGGUUCAUUAAGAGUUAUAGAAAUGACUUGCAGCCAUGCUUCUUCUACAAACUAAUGCAAUCUGAGGCUUGGGGGGGUUAUAUUGUAUUUUAUUCCUAAUGUUUGCCUUAAAAUCAGCUCUGCUGUUGAUGCUUGGUAGAGGGAGAGUUAAGCCUAGAAUUGAGCUUUUUAAUACUUUGAGAUGGAUCUCGUAAUACUUGAAUAUACCCUAUAACUCGCUAAACUGGAAAUGGGAUAUUGUAAGUUUUUCAUAUGUGCUGCUUUAAUUAAGAGGAGCUAUGCGGCUUGGUAUAAGAAAGGGAAUUGCAAUGUAUUUGUAGUUAUUUGCAUAGGAUAAUAUCUCAUCAGAUAUCAGAGGGUCUUGCAUAUUAGAUGCUGCUGAGGAAUUGUCAUAUUUUGCUGUCGAUCAGAACAUAUUACUCCUGGUGCCAACGGAGAAUAUUCCUCUUUUCUCUUUCUGCUGAAUGAACAGAUGUACAGAGCGUAACAUAAUCUUGUGCCUUUCUAAACUGUUUACACAACCUUGACCAAACGCCAGCUUUAAACCUCAAGUGCAAAUCGACCAAUGUUACACAGAUUUAGUCAAGUACGCAGAGUUUGCUUUUGACCAAGGACAAAGAGGUAUACUGUUGUCUCCUCAAUCCUAGCCUGACUCAGCAUUAUCUCAUUCUUAUGCUGUUUGAAUGUGUUUAUUAUAACAUGAGUAUCGUUACAUGUUCAUGAUACAAUUUUAGUGUCUGUUUUCAAAAAAUAUAUAAUGUUUAACAACUGUUUCAUGGAAAUUGUCUAAAAAUCAAAGCAAUCAUAUAUUUGAUAACGCGAUUAUCUGUUUUUAACAACUUUGUUUUUCCCAUUAGCGUUACGCACAAUUUCUUACAAUGUAAACUGCCAAUGCAAUUAUACAGAAUGUAAUUAUUAAAACACUAAAUGUACA